CCUGAAGGGCAGGUCUGUAAAGGUGCUGAGCUCUGGUGCACCUCUCUCUGCCGCGCGUCCCCGGUCCCAACACUGUCUACUUCCCUACUCUUCGUAUGGUGGAUAUCUCCAGGCAGCGGGACUUUUGCACUGUCAUGUAAGUAGCCAAAGUGGUUUUGAAUAUUCGCGGCUUGAAUUUUUCAGUGAACUCAGGAUUUUUUGUGUGUCUGUGUUUUUCGCCUGUAAAGGUAAAAUUCUAUGCCAUGAUUUGUGGACGUUAAUAAGAAAUGUUGGGGGACAAAGCAGGUUAGCUUGGAAAAUGAAAGAUACUGCAUCAUGGGGGGAGAUGCUGAAGACAGAUUUGACCAGAAUUUACUCAGAUGUGUAACCCUUCUCUCUCUCUGUUGGGACCUUUACUUGGCAGCAAAAACUUGCAUUUGAUUUCUGAGAAGGUGGUUUACGAGGACUGUGGAAAAUAAACCAAAAAUGCUAAAGAAUCAGGCCUGGAAUAAAAUUGUAUUAAUUAUAAUUAAAAUGAUAAACGUAAAUAGUUUUUCCUCCCCUAACCAAAUUAUAUCAAAAUAAUACAAAUAGGAAAUGCACUUACAAUUUGCAUAUGAUUUUUGUACAGGAAUGUUUAUUGUUUUGAAAAUGUAAGACAUUCUCAUUUAUAAAAUUAAUAACGAAUACAAAAAUAUUUAUAUUUGGGUAAACAGCUUAUUUCCUUUUUUGAAACACAGUUUGAAGGUCCAGAAGAAGGUGCCACCAUUAUAGUAUGAAGUGAUAGCUGAGUUUCUUUCAGAGCUCCAUUCCGUGUGUUUAAUCGUCAUGGAUUCGUCGUUACAGGUCAGCAUGAACACGCAGGAGCUAAGGCGCCCCACAGAUGACGGCCCGGAGGAGGACACCAGCGCUGACGAGGAAGACGAAGAGCCCAAGGUGUGUCAUGUGUGUGGCGACCAGGCUACAGGAUACCACUUCAACGCUUUGACAUGUGAAGGCUGCAAGGGCUUCUUCAGGAGAGCCAUGAAGAGGCCGGCCAGCUUUAGCUGCCCCUUCCGGGGAAACUGUGUUAUCACCAAGAGCAACCGGCGGCAGUGCCAGGCGUGCCGGCUGAAGAAGUGCCAGAGCAUCGGCAUGCUGAAGGAGCUGAUCAUGUCUGACGAGGAGCUGGAGCAGCGACGCCACAUACUGAAGCAGAAGCGAAAACGGGCCGAGCCACUGGUGCUGAGUCCCCAGCAGGAGGGGGCCGUUCAGGAGCUGCUGCAGGCACAGAGGAGCACCUUCGACGUGUCGUUCGUCGAUUUUAAGAAGUUCAGGCCCAUCGACCGUAACCUGGCCCCGAUGCACGAGUACGGCCAAAUGCUCCUGGAUCCCAGCCCAGCCUUCUCAUCUCCCCAAGAAGAGGCCCUAUUCCAGUUCUCCUCUCCCUCAAACUGCGACGAGAGGCCAGACGCAACAGAUGCGAGCAGCAGAGUCUUCAUCACGCUGCCUCACAUCGCUGACCUCACAACCUACAUGAUCCAGCAAAUCAUUAGCUUUGCCAAGCUCAUCUCAUAUUUCAGGGAGCUUUCCAUGGAGGACCAGAUCUCGCUGCUGAAAGGUGCCAUGUUUGAGGUGUGCCAGAUCCGAUUCAACAUGCUGUUCAACGAUGAGACGGGCGUCUGGGAGUGCGGGGCCCUGUCCUACUGCAUGGAUGACGCUGCCCGCGCGGGUUUCCAGCGCCACCUGCUGGACCCUUUAAUGAAGUUCCACUACACACUGCGGAAGCUGCGAUUGGACGACACUGAGUAUGUACUGAUGCAGGCCAUCUCCCUGUUUUCUCCAGACCGGCCAGGUGUGACUGACCAGGGGACCAUUGACAGACACCAGGAAAUGGUUGCCUUGAUGCUGAAGACGUACAUUGAGUCCAAGAGGAUGUCCACAGAUAAGCGCCUGCUGUUCCCCAAGAUCGUGGCAUGUCUGACAGAGCUGAGGUCCAUGAACGAGGAGUACACCAAGCAGGUGCUCGAGAUCCAGGACAUCCAGCCCGACGUCUCUCCACUUAUCUUGGAGGUGGUCAGUAAGGACCCAUAGCACCAACCUACAUGAGCAGCACCAUCAGCAAAGCACAAGACACAAACUGGAAGAGGGGUUGGGUAAUAAAAACCCAGUCAAAGCCAUCAUUCAUGCUGACAGAAAGCAAACAGCCAUAACACUUUUGGUCCAGAACACGUCGCACGUGUGUGUGUGUGUGUGUGUAACCUGCACCUGGCAGUGUGAUAAGGGCAGUGGUGCUUGUGUUCAUCUUCGUAUAUAUUUUAUUUGAUGUUGUGUUUUGGCUGAAUGUAAUGUUAUUUUUUUUUGUAAUCUAUUAUGCACGUAUUUAAUUUCUCACUUAAAAUACCACGUACAAAAUGAAUGUUUCCAUUGGCAGGACUCCAGGUGAGAAAGGCUAUUAGCUAGGCAGAAAUCACUUUUGUUGAUUUCCAAUUCACGAUUGUGCUGCUGUUUUUUGUAAAAACAUUUUGGAUCGUACCACGUACGUCACGGGGGGAGGGAGCAGAGGUCCUUACCAUUCAAAGUGCCUCAGCCAAACUGGGAGUCUGGUGGCUUCCAAUAUUCUGCACUGCUUACUUUCAGUUUCACACACGAGGCACAGCACAGCAGUAGGUGUACAUUUGUGUACGAUGGCACUGGUCACCUUUCCUACCAGAUCCAUUCUCUGUGCUGCUAACACAACAGUCAGGUUGAUUGGAGACCAGCCUCCACCUUUAAAAGGGCCUCUCUCACAGACAGACACCUUCAGACCAAAAAAUAAUCUACUGACUUCGAGACAUAGGUUACGUACCAUUCAACAGGGCAGGGCUAGGAAUGAGAGUUGGACCAGCAACCUUAAUCACAACUCUAGUUCCUUAACCACUACGCCCCCAUGUGCUGAGCCACUUCAUCUGACACUAACACUUACCUAUGAAUGCAAAUCUAAAGGCCAGCUUCAUAUUUCAUAUAGCAUUAGGCUAGCUCACAGCCUUCAUCUUUGGCAGGAAAUGUGCAUAUAUGUGCUUGAAAUGCUUAUUUUGUGUCGGUGAAGACGGGUUUUGUAGAAGACACUGUCUUUCAGGUUCGGUAGUAGAUAUGGGGCAAGUUUGAACAGAAGCAGACGAUCCGCUUAGGUGCCUAAAAUCAUUCAUGUCCUUGCAGAAACCAAAACUUUGCACAUCAUGUCCUCACUUCCUCCACCCCCCCAUACACAAAUAUCCCCACUACCAGGGAGCAGGGGUGGGGUGGGUCAUAAUUAUCUAAAAUACACACUAAAUGCAGUACAUCCAUCUUUCUGUGGUUGUGUCAUGUCACUCAGGGUUUAAAUCGGCACUCGCUCAGUUAAGGCCCUGCUGUCUGUAGCUGCUUUCAAACUGCUGUGCUCGUUUCUUCUUGUGGCUAUUGAGCUGCUUUACUGUGACUGUUCCCACACCCAUCUCUGCCGUGUGAAGUCUAUUAAAAAUAGCCUUAAAGUGUU